AUGCCUUCUCCAUUCGGAACACCGAUAUCACUGUCAUCUGCUAACGUGUACAAUCUCACGCGCGAUCCUAAUGUCCCUCCUCCCGUUCGGGAGAGUCAUUUGCCAAUAUCGUCCCAGACCACGUCAGGACCUUCGUCACCUCACAAAAGACCGUCCAGCUCAAAUGAAGUAGAAAUGCAAUUUCAAUUUGGAAAGGCAGAAGAGGAAGUUAUAGAGGAUGAUCCUGAAUUUGCAGGAUUAGAAAUCAUAGGGUUAAGUCAAUGGGAAAGAGAAGUUUCAUCAGUUUCAUCCAUACCUCGAUCCAAAGGAACGAGGUCUGCAGAAAGACACAUCGAAGAAGACAAACAUAGUCGUAAAGACGAGGAAGAGGGAACCGAUGAGCUUGAGGAAAGUGAUCAUGAAUUUUCCGAAGAUCUGAUAGAAGGAGAAGGAAGAGUGGCGAUGAUGACUCGAUCUCCUAUCGCUGGUCCAUCAUCCCCUCCUUUACGUACUCCAGCAUAUUCACUCCCCUCUAUGAAUUCUGAUCUUCCAUCAGGGCCUUAUCCGCGUACUCCUCAGACAGGUGAUCGUCCUUCGACUCCAAUUGUUUGGUCACUCUCUCCACUAUCUUCAAGAGGUAAGAAAGAGAACAAUCGAUCACUGAUGAUGCUCUCCGAUGACUCCGAUAUGGAACAAGAUGAAUUGAAUGAAGACUCUCAUGUCUCGAACAUCGUUAUGAGGCAAAAAUCACCUAUUUUGUUGAAGAGAAACGUGAGAGGAAGGAACGUCAUACUAGAUUCAGAUGAGGAGGAGAGCCUAGCUGAUCGGAAAAGGAGAAAACAAAAUGAAAGCGCUAGUGGCAGCAGCCGAAAAGGGAAAGAGAAAGCUUCAAGUGGAGUCGACCAAAGCGAAACGGAGCACCCACUUCUUGAUUUGGAUUCUGGCAUCGAGAUGGAUUUCGAUCCUCAUCAACAAAUCAAUCAUUGCAUUCAUUAUGAACAAAGGGGAAAAGAAUAUGAAAUCGAAGAGCAAAAAGACGAGGACGAGUUCGGUUUCGACGAUUUUCCUCUGGAUGACUUCAAUUUCGAAGACACAAAUCUUACACAUAAUUCAGCACCAUCCCCUGUUUCCCACUCCAUGAAUAUCACACAAGGCAAAGGUAGAUCGAAAUCAAUGUCGAAAUCCCCAGUGAAAAAACAAAAUCAACUCGCAGAUCAACUUUUCCCAGACGAUGAGGAAGAAGAAGAAGCAUUCAAUCCAAUUCCCAUUCCAAUCAAACCCAAAACCACGUCAUACACCAUUGCGGGUAAUCUCUCAUCAAGAGGAACAGCGGGUAGAUCCAUAAUUGAUAAACUGAAUCUUCCUGAUGAGUGGUAUAUACCCUUGAUACCUGAUUUACCUGACAGAUGGCAAGAAUUCUAUAUGAAUCAUUGGCGUAGAGGUGCAGAUGAAUCAAAAGCGAAAUCAACACACUCAAACUCAAACUCAGCAAACAGAAGAAUAGGUGGAAUCGUUUCUGAAGAUGACGAAGAAGAUGAAGAUGAAGAACCAUUAGACAGAAAGAAGAAAUCAACUUCGAGAGUAGGACCAUAUGCCAAAAGAGGUUCUUUCGGCUGGAGAGGUAGAGGUAGAGGUGCAUGGAGAGGAGGACGAGCAAGAGGUAAAGCAAGAAGAAAGUAA